AUGCUACGGUAUCCCACGCUGAUUCUGAUAUUUUCGACGUUUUUAACACUUGUCUCCACCCAUACCGUCGGCCAGCGAGCAGCUUUCAACGCAUUGAAGCAGCGACAAAGAGCCUUAAGCCGCAUGAACGACGAUUCUGGCUAUGAAAACCAAGCAUUCUGGAGGGGGCUAUAUCUGAAGGAGGCACGACAAAACGAUCAGCUCGUCUGGCAACCCGAGCUCGAGGGGAUCAUGGAUGAGAAUGGUAUUUUGUAUCAAGUGCCACGAAGACAAACGCGGCUCGGACGAACACAAUAUGAUGACGAUGGCGUCUACGAGUUCACCCUCGUCGUCGACAGCAAGCUGACGAUGAGCUACGAUCGAGGAGUUUUCAACUAUAAGACCCCUGUGGACUAUGAUCCGGAUACUGGCAAAUUCACAUCUCGAAACACUACCGCAGGAUCGGAGUGCCAGGCAUCGAUCGACAAAGUUCCAUUCGAAUUCGGGGAAACUCAGAAUUUUGUGGGAAAGUUGAGCCCCGGCCCCCUCCUCGUCGUCCCCUUCAAUGCCGAGGUCCACCUAAUCGUCCACAACAUGCUCUACCUCGAGAGCUUCAGUAUCCACGUCCAUGGAAUUGAUAAGAAGGGCCAAUGGUACGAGGACGGUGUUGCCUUCAUUCAGCAAUGUCCGAUACAAACGGGUGGAACCUAUGAGUACCGCUUUAUCGCCGAUCGCUCCGGGACCCACUGGUGGCACGGGCAUCUGCAGAUGGACCGAGGGGAUGGGCUGCUUGGGGGAUUUGUCGUGCUACCGGAGAAUCGCACUGUUCCGACCGCCGGUGGAGCACGCGUGCUACCGAAAAGGGAAUACUACAUGAUCUUGCAGGAUUACGUACGUCAAAUGCCGCAGAAAGAACGCGUGAAAAUGGUGUUCGAAGAUACGACCAAGUGGUACUACGGAUUCCAGGACCCAGAGCAGUGCUUCGAUGGACUGAGGAUGAGCGAUGGAUCCAACGUCGGAGCUGCUUCUCCAUUCGACACGAUUCUAAUCAACGACAAGGGCUGGUACAACGAAAAGGACAUUAAGCAGAGACCUGAAAUGCUGAAGCUUGAGACGUUCCGAAUCAAGAAAGGAGAAACCCUGCUCUUCCGAAUCGUUAACGGUGCCGCCAACACUAACUUCAUGAUUCACAUCCGGGGCCAUCAGAUGACGCUCGUGGCCGCAGAUGGCAACGAAAUGCAGCCGAUUACGGCCGACAAAUUCAUCAUUAUGCCGGGGGAGCGGUACGAUUUCAUGACCAAAGGACUGGACAACCCAACGCAAAAAGUCUACUAUCUCCAAGUGGAAACGCUACAGUACCUCCACGGAACGAAGAUCGAAAAGGCCGGAUUGCAAUACGGGUUGGGAAGAAUUUACUACGAAGAUGAGGAGGAUAGAGAAAUCGUCCCGGAAUCGCCGGCCAAAUUUCUGCACCCAGAAUGCACGAGAGCCAAGAAAUGCAAGGUCUACAACUGCCCAUUUAAAGAGCACUUCGUCAAUAUGCAAUUCGACACUAACGUCAAUGGGUGGAGCUUCAAAAUGCCGAAGGGGAUGCCGUAUUUCCACGAGCAGGAUUUGUACAACAUUGCUACACCAUGCAAUCAGACACUCUGCGCAAACGCUCCGCGCCACGAUUUGCGAUGUCGCUGCUUCUUCCACCUGCGUCACAAGCUGGGGAAUAUCAUUCAGUUGACGCUCUACAAUAUGCACGCAACGCUUGGAUUGGCUGCUCAUCCGAUUCACAUCCAUGGGCAUCAUGUCAAUAUUAUGAAGAUGGGAUGGCCAAAAACCAACUCGACGGGCCAAGUCGUCGGGAUGAACGAGGAUUUGAACUGCUCGGCGCCGUUCGUAAAUGUGAACGGCGACAAAGUGCUGAACUACUGCAACAACCUGGAGUGGGCCAACAAGACGUGGCUCAACGGGGCGGUGCCCGGCAUGAAUACCGUAGAUCCGCCGUUGAGGGACACCUUUGUGUUACCAGUUGGUGGAUACGUGGUUUUGAGGUACCGUGCCAUCAAUCCUGGCUGGUGGUUCCUCCACUGCCACCUCGAGCUCCACGCGAGCUCGGGCUCCGCGUUUGCUUUCAAAAUUGGUGAUGAUUCUCAAAUUCCGAAACCUCCUGCCACGUUCCCCCAUGAUUGUGGGCUUUAUCGAAAUCCGGAGAUCUCCCAAUUGGCCCGAGACUUUCGCGACGGGAAGCCGAUCUAUUUCGGGGAUGGCGUGAAGACUAAUAUG